AUGGCUAUCCACAACGUCCUUCUCCUCCUCUCCUCUCUCCUUCUCACAACCCUAACUCCAUCUCUGUCAUCAUCCCCGACCUUCAUCAGCAUCGACUGUGGCUCAAACUCUUCAAUAGCCGACGGCGACAUCUUCCAAUGGGACGCCGAUGACUCUUACGUUCAGAACGGAGACUCCCACGUAGUUCAAUACACCAGCACAGUCCCUCUUUACAUGAGCGAAACCGCCAUGUCCACUCUCAGGGCUUUCCCCACCUCAGGAAGAACUGCUACACCGUCAAAGUCGGUAAGGGACAGAAGGUACCCAGAUGAUGCUUAUGAUCGGAUCUGGAGAGCAGAAGGUGGGUUUGUGUUAGUGGAAAAUUUGGUAAACGAAGCUCCAUCCAUUGACGCGAGCAAAGCAGAAGAUCAACCACCUCUUUCUGUUCUUCGAACUGCAACCACAACCACAGGAACUUUAUGGGGCAUUGUUCUUAACACGGACCUUCCUUCCACAAGCGAACCUAUCUAUAUCACAGCCUACUUCUCUGAAGUCACUCGCCUUCGUUCCAACGAAACAAGAUCCAUUCAAGUUGAGAUCAACCAAGUCCCUUAUUCACAACCUUUCGUCCCUCCUUUUGGAGCUGUAUCGGAGCUUCGCAUCGCAAACAGAAAUGCAAAUUCAAACACAAGUGUGGCUGUUUUCGCAGACAGAAGUUCCAAUCUUCCUCCUCUGCUUAAUGCCUAUGAAGUCUACACUGUUAGUGGUGCACUUACUGAUGGAACCGACAGUGACGAUGUGGAAGGAUUAGCAGCACUGCAGAGAAAUUUUGGUGUGCUUCAGAAAUGGAGUGGUGAUCCUUGUCUUCCAUCUUCAUUUUCAUGGAAUGGCUUGAAUGCAACUCCGAUGCCUCCCCACGAAUCUUGGAGGCUAUGGCUUAUCAGGACCACUGCCGGACUUCAGUUCCAUGUUGACCUGAAUGAUUUGCAUAACAACAGCUUGUCGGGACCAAUUCCCAGAUUUCUUGGUUCAUUUCCAAAACUGAAAUUGCUGUGA